AUGCAUACAAUUAUACAACACAUGCAACAAUUCGCAGCCCUACCACCGCAUUCUGUACAAAGACACGUUUAUUGUUUCGCAGUCAGUGUGGCAAACUUGGAAAUUCGACUCCAGUGUCGAGCGAACAAAGUAGCAAUAGCAAUCGAGUGGGGUUCCGUGGAACCGCUGAGUCGGAUUACCAAGGACGCUGGACUACGAGAACCUCACCUCGCCUUUUCGGACGAGGCUGCAGUUCCCCGAUUCAACACGAAUGCCAAAUCGGGGUUCGAGCAUUUAGGGGCAAGUAGUCCAGCGCUACCAUCAACGACACAGUGGGGUUCCGUGGAACCGCUGAGUCGGAUUACCAAGGACGCUAGAGUACAAGCAUCUCACCUGGUCCUUUCGGACGAGGCUGUAGUUCCCCGAUUCAACACACUGGCUGCGAAACUUGGAAACCCGGCUCUAGUGCAACGAACAAAGUAA